AUGGUCCUAAAGAUCUACACCCACCAUAUGGCCUGCGAUCAGCGCCCCAUCAUGGCCACGCACCCAGGCACCGACCAGCCCACCAAAAUCAUGGUGGACCCUUACGCCCAGCCCAUCCACUGCAACCCACAGACCUGCCCCGGCGACCGCGAUGCCGAGCCGCUGUGCAGAUGGCACACGUGCUGCCGCGUGCGGGAGCGCGUGCUCGGCUGCCCCAAGGGUCACCAGGCCCAAGUGAACAGUAGCCGCCUCCCGCACUCCCGCAUGGUCAACCACGACUGCGCCAUGGUGCACGAGGUGCACAUCUACGAGCGGUCCACCGAGCGCUGCCCUCUAUUCCCCUCAACCGAUACAACCGCUGCCCACAACACAUCCGCCUCUCCCUUCGCCGCCGCCACGAUCCCACCCUGGCCGUCCAUCCCCACCUCAGCCGAGACCGAAGACAUGCUGAAGAGGUGGCGGACGGCGCCGCGCGAGACGCUGACGUUUGUGGCGGCGCGGCGGGCCCUCUUCCGCGCCGGCCGGGACCUGCACGCCGCGAAGCGGAUGGUGGCUGAGCGGACGCGGGACGACGACGAGGCGUGCCGGAGCGGGUCCGUGGAGCGGCAGGUCCUCGCCAGGGAGAUGCUGGCGGACGCGCGGGAGCACCUCAGGGUGGUCAGGGGCCUAUGGCGGCUGUGGGCGCUGCAGGUGUUUAUGGAGGAGCAGGUCGAGGGCGAUCAGUGCGUCGUGCUGGACGACUGGUUCGAGCCGCUCCGGAGGGAAUUUAAAGCCCUGGAUAAAAAGGUGCUGCUGCCGCUGCGCUGA